UAUCCUGUGACACUCCAUCAACCCUAACUCUUCACAAAUAACGUCCGGUAAUCCUGAUAAUUUUCACAAGAGAAUAUUCCUCCGAAGGGAUUGAAAGUCGUCAGGAAUACGGGACGAAGUGGCGCUUGACGCGCGUCAAACAUUAGUAUGCCAUACAGCGACUUUCUGUUGCUGUUGAACUGUCAAUUUAUCACUGGUUCCCUCUAAUUUUUCACUGAUUCCGAUCGGGUGAGGUAUCUCCCACGACUGAAGUUUCCAGUCAGCGAAAUAAAUUUUUAUAAUUUUUUUACGUCUCGACGAGGGCUUUAAGACAUCUCAAACGAAACACAUCAACAUCUGAUGUUUGUUUUCAUGAAUAACUCUCCGCCGAGGAGUUAAAUAUCCUGGUGACAGUGAAUUUUGAAGAGUUUUGUGAUAAGUUUUGCGAAUUAUUGCGUCUUAAUUUACUGACGAAAACGUAUGAUAGUAAAUAUCGACUGGUUUUGAUUCUCAUCACGCAGGUACCUCAGACCUCCAAAAUGGCAGUAGAAUCAAUCACCUCCACGGAGCAUGACACCCCGGAGAGUCGCUUCACGCGCUACCUCUUCGUGGGAAAGGAAUACCCAGUGUACCACUCGGGUACCUGGACGAACCCCACGAAUUUCACUCUGGACAAGCUCCCAUCCCUGGAGGAUCUCUCCUGCUCCCCCGCAACCGCGCUCCUCCCUCUCAACAAGAUAAAAUCCGCCCUGUCCUCUGGUCUCAUUCACCAGCCGGAGAACCUGAUGUUCGCCCUGGCGGCAUCGGCUCGCCAACAGAAGAGCGAGAGCCUCCGACGUGCAGCUUACGAGUACCUCUCCCAGCACUGCAAGAGCCCGGAGCACUUCCUCCUGUUCGUUUCCUUCGCCUCGAAGUUGAGCAAGCAACAGUCCAUCCCCAGACACGGCUACGGCCACGGCUGGAGAACAGCGGUGAACGAGUGGUACCUCUCGCAGGGCUCGAAAACGUUAGCGGAGUGCGUCACGAGAUUGAAAAGCAGAUACGGUUGGAGUCACAAGGACAUCAUCAAGCUGUCACAUCCAGUGACGAAGGGAUGUACUCCCGACGUUCAGGCUGUCAUCAAAUAUAUCGUCUUCGGUCUGGAGAAGGCGAAACUGGAGUUUGAGAAUGAGUCCAGAGCUCGGGAAGUGCUGGAGCUGAUGGAACGAGUGGAGGACUUCAGACAGUGUGAGGAUCCCGUGAGAGCUGCUGGCCUCAUUCGACUUCACCAUUACACCCUGGAUCACGUUAAUCCCGAUCUGAUGAAGUUCCCCGACGUCUGGGAGGCUCUCGUCGAGACGAUGGACCUGGCCUCGAUCGUACAGAAUCUCCAAAGAAUUCAGAACGCUGGACUCCUUGCAACUGGCUCACAGAUAGCAGAGAAAAUUAUCGCUGCUUUGAUGGAUAAGGAUCAAGUACUCAAGUCCAAGAUCAGUCCCUCGGUGUUACUUCUCGCGGUGAAAACUUACGAGAACCCCGAUGGGGUGCCCAUGCCGGUCAAGAGACGCAUUGGUAGGAAGAACAAGUUGAAGCACAAGAGAAUUCCAAGACCUGAUAUGCGAAUCAUUGACGCCAUGUAUUUGGCUCUGAAUAUGUCUUUCUCGAAUGUCCAGCCAACGGGUCUGAAAUAUCUGAUAAUUGUGAGCACUGGUGGAUGGAGGAAACCUCAGGGCUGUCAGGGGGCCGUUGUUGAGGCCAGUGGACCCUGGGUGGUGGAGGCAGCCUGCGUUCUUGCUCUUGGACUCCUCAGGGCUGACGAUAAAGUCACUGUCUCCACUUUCACUGGGACUGAGGGCCUCAAUGCUAGGUCUGUUCACUUAGACAAAAAUGCGACUUUCGUGGAGGCUGUUGAGAAGAUCAAGGCGAGGUCCACUGGACCACCGAAUAUUGGUAAACCCAUGCUGUGGGCUGCCCAUCACAGGAGGAAGUACGAUGUGUUCAUUAAUGUCGUGGAUAAGAUGAGGGAGAAGUAUGACUUCACUGGAAGGGCCAUGGAUCUUUACAAGAAGAAGAUGAAUCUCCCUACUACGAGAUUAAUUAAUUGGGUCGUUGGCUCCACUUCCACCUACAUGGAAGGUAGAAACGUGAGUGACGUUCUAACCGUCUGUGGUUUCGACGUCCACGUCCCCAGGAUCAUCGAAGCCUUCGCCAGACACCAGUUCUAACUGUCAAUGUGAGGCCCUCCUCUCGUUGGCUGCAUUCAACUUAUUCUUCAGGCCAUUUAGAUCAUCACCAGGUACAAAGCAAAUGAAAAACCCUCGAAAAAACGAGAAUUUUUCCUCACGCAAAAACUUUCAAAAUCACUAGGUCAAAAAAUUGAUUUAUGUUCAAUCAUUCCCAAACAAAAUUGAUGGACAUUUGGAAUCCAUCCAUCAUGUUCUGACUCUUGAGCUGGAGCAGAUAUUUAUAGUGUUCCUGAUUUUACACUUUACUAACACUAGAGUGAAGUCUAGUACUAAGUGAUAAUAAUCCUUGCACGGUGCUGGUAGUGUCUUCAAUAUGGAAGAACUAAGCAGAAUGUUAAUUUAGCUAGUAGUGAUAUGUUUAUUGAAUUCACGAGCUAAAUAUUGUUCAACGCUUUUAUUUCUUUUCAUUGCCAUUGCUGCAAAGAAUUAAGAAAUGCUGAUUGUUGUCGUUUGGAGGAUAUUCGUGAUGUUUUUCUGACAGAGAAGCUCAUACUGCCGAAAUUUUUUAGCUGAAAUGCACAAUUUUUAGGGAAAUCUUGACGUUUCUCAUUUUUAUGAAUUUUUAACUCAAGAAUAGGCAUUAAAGUCCAAUCAAAGAGUCGCCGGGUUUGGAAUUUCAUAUACAUUAUUAUUAUUAUUAUUAUUAUUAUUAUUUCCAAACUGAAUCUGACUUAAUGGUAUUUCCUGACAAUCAAUACUAAAUUACUCACGAUACUUUCUUUUACGUUGUAAGUGCUGGAUAUCCUGUGAUGAUAUCGUUCUCUGUCAAUAAUACGUCGAUUGAUAAUGGACAGAGCGGGACAAAAUAUUUUCUAAAAUUUUUAUCCUCAUUCGACAUUUCGCAAUUAUUACCAAAAGAAAUGCAUGAGAACUGGACAAUCUGCCAGUCAAUACUGGAUUUUACAACAGUAAAUUUUGACCUCAUUUGUAUUAAAAAGUCCAGCUCUGGCAUUGGUAUGAAAACAUUCAUAAUGAUGUAUCAAACAGGCGUGUAAUUAGACGAUAAUUGUAAGAGUGAAAAAAAAUGGAUGAAAGACUUGAUGAAUUCGCUGACUUUCUGUUAAACUUUUUAUUUAUUUCAAGAUAUUUUUCUUCAAGACAAUGUGUAACGUAUCUACACAGUUUUGUAAGUACAGAUGUUCGAUGAAAAAUAUUCAGUGGAGAAAAUAAAUUAAGCUUUAGUCCUCAAGACAAUUUAUUUUGUUGAGAUAAUCAAUAGAACAUCGUAAAAUAUUCUCCACUGAACAUUUCGAUAGUCCGAAUUCAUAAAAAAUCUUGUAGAAUCGUUCAGAGAAUCCUCUGAGUCUUCCACCGAUUUUUCUUCGCACAUGCGCUAGCGUAAUUAGCUUAAUUGCAGGUAUCUAACUCUGAGGAGGGUAGAAUCAAUGUAACAGAGGGGGAUAAUUGUAUUUUCUUAAUUUGGAACAUAAUUAUUCCGCUUGAAUGCUUAGUUUUAUACGACGUUUUAAUCCCGCAAGGCCAUAAUUCAGGAUCUUAAGAUAAAGAGCUCAUUCCGACAAUUUUAAUUCUGUAAACCAAUCGACAUAAUUUGGUGAUCUAGAUACAACGUACAAGUGACUGCGAAUGAGUGAUAAAAAAGCCCUGACAGGAAAAAAAAACUGAUGAAAAUUUCUACAACUGUGAUAUUCAAUUAGCUCCAAAGAGUUUUUAGACUUACAUAUCGUUCAAUUCUAUCGAUAAAUCUGGAUAGCCGCAUCUGAAGUAACGAAAAAAACAUGACUGGGCGUUAAUAACUAAAUUAAUUAUUGUUCAAAUACUGUGAUAUUACAGUCAAAGUUUAUCGUAACCGAGGAAAACAGUGUCCAAGUAACAGAGAAUCCAAAUCAUGAUAACAGCCGGAUAUGUUGAUCAAUGAAUUAUUCUUCGAUAGAACUGAACGACAGAGAAACUGACGAAAAAAAAAACCCCGUAAAUAUCUGAACGAUGAAAAAAAAAAAUUAAUCUAAAGUUUAAUGAAAUACAUUGUUAUUUACGUUCCGUUUGUUGCAUAAUAACAAUAAAUUUUUACUCGUUUGUAAUGAUAAUUGAGUGUUUACACGCAUACAAAUAACAAAGGAAAAUACACGUAAUAAUGUUUUUUACUGUGA